AUGGCCAUACUAUGUGCCUUUGAUAAAGAUCUCUUUUUUGACAAAUUUUUUUUUAAAAAAAAUUUUUUCAUCUUGUACAUCUCUCUAUAUACGGCCUCCUCAAAUAUUUUUCCUCUCUCUCUCAGAUGCCUCCCUCUCUCUCUCUCUCUCUCUAUUUCUCUCUGCUCUCUCUCUCUCUCUCUCUCUCCCUCUAUCUCUCUCUCUCUCUUGAAUUCGCUAUCUCUCUCUGCAAAUAAGUUCUCUCUCUCUCUCUGCCUCCCCACCUUCUCUCUCUCUGCUCUCCCCUGUUUCUCUCUCUCUGCCUUUUUCUCUCUCUCUCUGCCUCUCUCUCUCUCUCUAUUUCCCUCUCUCUCUCUCUCUGCCUUCUACUCUCUCUCUCUGUGCCUCCCUCGCUCUCUCUCUCUGUGCCUCCCUCGCUCUCUCUCUCUAUGCCUCCCUCGCUCUCUCUCUCUUUGCCUCCCUUUCUCUCUCCCUCCCUCGCUCUCUCUCUCUCUCUCUGCCUCCCUCGCUCUCUCUCUCUCUCUCUGCCUCCCUCGCUCUCUCUCUCUGUCUCGCUUUUGCUUCAUACGCAUAUGUAUGGGUUCAACCUGA